UACCACCUGACUGUCACUAACCAACCAAUCACAGCUGUCCCCUCACUGCACAGACCGUCAGCGUCUAAUCGCCUGUGACCUCUAUUACAGCUGAUUGGCUGGAGCGGCUUCCGAGUCUGGUCAGCAGCCGAUGUUGGUGAGUGAGAAGAGAUCAUCCGGUGUGCGGUGACCGGGCCCCGUCCGAGAGAACGAUCAUGGAUUCCCGAUUCAGCCGCGGUAAAUCUUCCAUCCUGGAGCGCUCUCUGGCGCGUCCGAAGACAGAAGUCAGCCUCAGCGCCUUCGCUCUGCUGUUUUCGGAGAUGGUGCAGUACUGCCAGAACCGAGUCUAUUCGGUUUCCGAGCUGCAGGCCAAGCUGUCCGAGUUGGGCCAGCAAGUGGGGUGCCGGAUCCUGGAUCCGCUGGUGAUGAGGGAGAAGAACGGCAAGCGCGAGACGAAGGUGAUCAGCGCUCUGCUCUUCAUCAAGGUGGUGGCCUGGAAGGCGUUGUUCGGGAAGGAAGCGGACAAGCUGGAACAAGCCAACGACGAUGACAAAACCUACUACAUCAUAGAGAAGGACCCUCUGAUCAACUCUUAUAUCUCCGUCCCGAAGGAGAACAGCACUCUGAACUGCGCUUCCUUCACCGCCGGCAUCGUGGAGGCUCUGCUGACCUGCAGCGGCUUUCCCGCUAAGGUGACCGCCCACUGGCACAAGGGGACCACCCUCAUGAUCAAAUUCGAUGAGUCCGUCAUUGCUCGGGACAAAACGCUGGAUGGACGUUGAAAAUAGGAGGACCCGGGUGCUUUGGUGGCCCGUUCGGUUUAAAAUAUUCCAGGUGGAAGGUCCCUAUAAUAAAGUAUUCUAUUCCCACCCCACCCUCUGGCAGCCCGUGUCUCCUUCAUUCCCGCGUUGUGGCUUCAGCCAGUUUCUCCAGCAUUCAACACCAUGAGCAGUCGCAGAUGUCCUCCAUCGCAUGACACCGUUCAUCCUCCGACCUCUACAGGACACAAGCGUCAUGUAGGGGUCAGAGGAUGGAACCACAGACAUCCGACACUCCCGGAAGUGUCAAAUGCCGAAGGGCCUUAUGGGGGCUUCAGCUCUGGAUCCGGGGAAGAUAAGAGACACAGGCUGCUGAAGAGGUGAAAUAUCUUCUCUAUUCCAGGGAUCUUCUUCCUUAUUUUAUUUUUUUCAAGCCCACCUUGAUUUUUUCAGAUGCCUAGAACUGUACAUUUGGGGACCAUUGACACACCAUGCAGGAGAUUUACUGAAACCAGAGCGCUCAGAAUCUGAUGCGUCUGUGAAUGGGUAGCCAAUCGGCUUUUAUCUUCAGCUUGUUCAAUGAAACUUUGACAAUAAAAUGUGGAAGCCGAUUGGUUACUAUGCAGAGCUGCACCAGAUUUUGUACUCUCCAGUUCUAGUAAAUCCCAAACCUUCUUUUGGGUUUUCUGUAUUUGUUACCAUUGGAGUGGAAUAUUGCUUAUAGAAUAUUGUCUGGUUAAAGCGGCGCUCUCUGGUUAUUGCUUUUCUCAUGGUUGACUUUUUUUGUGUUUAUUUUAUUAUGACUUUUCACAGCUGUAAAUUAAAAGCAUUAAAAAGAAA